AUGGCCUCCGACGAGAAGACCAGCCACACCCGAACCGCAAGCGGGAAAAGCAGCGAGGACGAAAACUACCAGGCGGACGUUACACCGAUCUUACCUCGUCAAGCCGUCGUCAAUGAGCACAGUGGCUUAUCAGAAGAGAAAGACCUCGACAAUCUCACCGAUGAGGCUGGUCAGAGGGCGGUACCUCUGCGCCACAUCCCUCGCAAGUACCAGAUCAUGGCGUUCUGCAUGAUCAUUUUCUUCAAUACUAGCUCGUCCUUCUCCGAGAGUACUUUGAGCCCGCUCAAGUCUACCAUCAGGUCCGAGAUGAAGAUCACCAAUGCUCAGUACGGGGUCAUCUCUUCCGCGUCCAGUCUCGCCAAUACAAUUUUACCCGUGCUCGGUGGGAUCGGUAUUGACUACUGGGGAUCCACCUAUGCCGCCAUCAUCUGCUCGUCCUUCAUCAUGGUUGGCGCCAUCAUCUCUGCUGCGGGCGCGAGCACCAUGCAAUUCGGUCUCAUCGUCGCCGGUCGUAUCAUCCUCGGCUUCGGCUCGAUGGUCAUCGAGUCCGCCCAGAUCAAGCUCUACGCCCACUGGUUCCAAGGCUCUCACUUAGCUUUGGUCAUUGGUCUCGACUUGGCUUGGAGCCGAGUCAUCAGCGUCAUUGCUCGGACCUCGGCAGUACCCAUGUCGAUGGUCGAUGGAUGGUGGGGAUGGGCGCUAUGGAUACCUGCGUUCUCGACGGUCGCGAAUCUGCUCAUUUGCCUGGCUUACUGGGCUUUCGAGCGGCGUUUGCCCCAAGCGUACCGCCCACCUCUGGGUAAGAAUGCGCACAUCGUCGAGGGGACACUGAAGAAGUCUAUCAACUUCAACACCCUUCGCAGGCUGCGAGUCCCGAAUCAUCAGACGCCGGUCUUCUUCUGGAUCUUUGCUGGAACCCAGCUCUUCCAAACGUCGUGCAUCGGAGUGUACAGCAUCAACCUCGCCGAUAUCCAGACCCAGACAAGAGGCACAUCGGCUCUCGCAGCAGGGUACAACUCGUCCCUUCAGAGCGUGGUGCCAAUCGUCUUGAUCCCGCUCAUCGGGGCCGUCUUUGACCGAUGGGGCAUGAGGAUGUUCUUCAUCUCCUGGACUGCCCUCCUCUAUGUUAUCGUCUUCGCGCUCAUCGGCCUGACCAAAGUCCACCCUAUCGGACCGAUCCUGCUCAGCUCGUUCGCCUUGUCGACCUACGCCAUCCCGCUGUCGGCUUCGAUACCUGUCAUGAUCGGCGAUGAUGCGCUUCUGGGAACAGCUAUCGGGGUCUGGAAAGCUUUCGGUAACGGCGGCAUCAUCGUCUUCGACAUCCUGGCUGGCGCUAUCCAAGACCGGUCCGGCAACAAUUCGUACACGAAUGUCAUCAUCCUCUUGAUGUGUUACAAGGGCCUGCAAAUCUUCCUCCCAUUCGGCUAUGACUGGCUUGACGGCAAAUGGCUCGGACACUCGCUCCGGAAGGGCGAGAAGGAGCGAGUUGCGCUACGCGAUAAGGUACUGGCGGAAGGGAUCGAGAUGAGGGGGUGGAGGCCGUCCAAGUGGGGCAUGAUCAUCGUCAUGAGCGAGUUAACAGCGUUGACAGUGGCUGCCUGGGCGGUGUACAUUGUCUUCUCCCUGGGCAAGUAG